AUGGUGUGGAAAUCAAUAAUAGUUUUGUUAGUUAUUUCAUUAGGACUACGGACGUCAAAUGGACGUGAAACGAAGAAUUUAGCAUGGAAUGGAGGACCAGUGAAUUUACAAUGUGAGUUUGGCCCCGACUCGUGGACUAAUGGAUAUGUGAAGGAAAACGUGAUUGCUGUGAAGGCGCUACAGUUUCAAGAUGCGAUUUAUGUAAUCACACCGAGAAUGAAGCAAGACGUCCUGGCGACACUUUGGUUGAUUAAUCGAAAUAAAAAUGGCGUAGAACUCCAACCGUACCCUGAGCUACGAGACCACAAACUAACUGAUUGCAAUGCUAUUCAAAAUGCUGUUGACUUCUAUUUGGAUCAUCUCGGAAAGCUGUGGAUCCUCGACACUGGAGUUAUCGAUACACUGACAAAUCCAAAAUGCACAUGCCCGCCAAAAAUCGUUAUCAUCAAUUUACUCUUUGGAAAGUUAACUAAACGCAUCGACAUAAGCUCUUCUCUUUUGGAAGCCAACUCCUUGCUACAGAAUAUUGUCGUUGAAUAUGAUUUAGGCGGGAACGCAUUCAUAUAUGCAUCAGACGCAUCACGUGGAGCAAUCGUAGUACACGAGCUGUCGUCAGGCGCUGGUUGGUCAGUGGUUACCUGUGGUCCUGCCACUGGCCUGCAGAUUUCCCUGGUCAAGCGGAUGACACAUACCGUCUUGAUCGUGGUCAGAUUACACCACCCUGGCAUCGUUGAGCUAGACACCACUGCUUUACGCAGAAAAGAUUCCAUUACUCCACUCACAGUUUUUGGAGAGCAUAGCAAGCCAGUGGUAUUGUUGGGUGCAGACGGUUACCACAUUUAUCUCCGUCACAUUGAGUGCUCGGAUGUGUUGGUGUGGAACACGCGGGACCCGUACAACUCGUCUCGCCUCGACAACAUCCACUCAGCCGGCCCUCAACUGACUACUACUUCAGUAGCUGCUGAUCCAUUGAAACCUAUGUUACUGAUCCUUGAUUCAGACUACCUAACAACGCUUCGCGGCAACUCACCAACGUACCAUAAGAUUACUUUCGUUAAUAAAAAAAUACAUUGA